CCCCCUUCUCUCUCCCAUCGUCCAUCGUCUCGUCCGCUUCUCAACGCCGAUUACGACGAGCUGAUCAAACCAUCUGCUCGUCCGGUAUCCUGCCGAGCCUCGAUCCGGUUCUUUCCACUCGUUUGGUUCGUCCCUUUCUCCUCGCGGUCGGUGCUACUGCCCUCCCCCGUACCGAGUUCUUUUUUCGCCCUCCUUCGUCGAUCCGUUGCAGACUUUCUAUCCAAAACAGUUCGCAUCGUCAACUUUAUAUCUUCUUAAUUCAUUGAUUCUUCAUUUCUCAAACCUCCUAAGUCCGUCGACCAUUCUCCCUGAUUCGAGUCACCGCCGUUGAACACCCCUAUCCUUCACCGCGUGUCCCAACAAUCGUGACAUUACCGUGCCGGGGACUAUCGCGCUCUGCGGACUUUUCAGUGCCUCCUCUUUACCAAUACUACUCAUCAAAUUCUCCGAGCUCCACAGCCUCCGCGACCUUCUCAUAUACCGCACACGAGGAUGUUACUUCCAAAGGGUGGUGUGACGUGGAAGUCAGCUAGAGCUAGGCUGCCUCCAUGGCGAGCGAUUCUAGUUCUAGUGACGAGGACACGCUUCUUAAUAUCUCUGGCCAUUACUGGCUUGAUUGUUUUAUUAUGGCGCGGAAUAAGCAGCUCUGCCUCGGAAAUGCAAAAUUUCUAUUGCUAUGGGCCUCCUAAAGCACCGAUGGAUAUGAGUCUCAAUGAGAUUACCGAAUGGACCGCUCAUGCUCAGACUCCCGUCCUAUUCAACUAUCACGAGCCUUACGAAGUGAAUUCCAGCUCGAUCAAGAACGUCGACCUCAAUCCUAUCAAAUCCACCAACCAGGCCGUCCAGAACCGUGAGCGUGUUCUUAUUCUCACUCCGCUGAGGGAUGCUUCGUUCCAUUUGAAUAGAUACUUCGACCUCAUCUACAAGCUGACGUAUCCGCACGAGCUGAUUGACCUAGCUUUCCUUGUUGGGGACACCAAGGAUGACACCCUGGCAACACUCGCCUCCGAACUUCAGCGGAUCCAGGAUCAGGGUGACAAGGUCGCUUUUCGGAGCGCCACCAUCAUCCAGAAGGAUUUCGGCACCGACUUCGAAAUGAAUGUGGAGGACAGGCACUCGUUCGCUGCACAGGGACCCCGGCGCAAAGCUAUUGGCAGGGCCCGCAACUAUCUGCUCUACUCUGCUCUUAAACCCGAUCACUCUUGGGUGUACUGGCGGGAUGUUGAUAUUGUUGACAGCCCGGAUACCAUUCUGGAAGACUUUAUCGCCCACGACAAGGAUAUUCUCGUUCCGAACAUUUGGUUCCACCGCUACAAGGAUGGCGUUGAUAUCGAGGGUCGCUUUGACUACAACUCCUGGAUUGAAUCCGAUAAAGGGAGGAGACUCCGCGCUACUCUGGACCCUGACACUAUCCUGGCGGAAGGCUAUAAGGAAUACGACACCGGCCGCGAGUAUCUUGUCGGAAUGGGCGACUGGAGAAAUGACAAGGAUAAGGAGGUUGAGCUUGACGGUAUUGGUGGUGUUAACAUUGUCGUUAAAGCCGACGUCCAUCGCUCGGGGAUCAACUUCCCAGCAUAUGCUUUCGAAAAUCAGGCCGAAACUGAAGGGUUUGCGAGAAUGGCCAAACGUGCUGGAUACCAGGUCAUUGGCUUGCCAAACUACGUUGUCUGGCAUAUCGAUACUGACGAGAAACCCGGGAACCUCGGUGACCGCAAGGCGUACUAAGUCCGAUCGCCACCAUCGAUUUCUCACUGAAAGAGAACUUCCCGAUCUUCAAAUACUCCUUGUGCAAUUGUACAUCUGACGCAUUGCGGCUGGUUUCACCACGAGGGGCCUUGCCAUCUUACGCAGCUUCUCUUAUUAAUCAUUCUAUUUGCGAAAGUUGCAAACUGACACCCCGACUCCGGUAAUUAUUAGCCUUCUUUAACGUUGUGUUCUAGGGUUAUGCUUGCUUUUUCUGUUGGCGCUUGGGGUAUAUGUUCAGCGAUCUUGGAGGCUCAUAGAGUUGAACGAUAAUCUUGCUCUGUUUGAGCUCAUCUUGUUCGUCAGCGAAGGGCACCAUCUCAAUGGCCGGGUCUUGGCUCUGAACGCUUUUCUGCUUCGCCGGGUCUGACGUUCUUCACCCUGCAGUGAUGGUAUGGAUCUCAGUGCAGGCUACAGGUGAUCCAUCACCGUGCCUCACUGUCUAUUUAAUAGAGGACUGCGUCAAAUAAAAUGGAAAGUAGGGAGCAAAGAGCGAAGGGCAUUUGGUGCUUUUCUUUGUACAUACAUAUAUAGGCUAUGUGUAGUCAAUUGACGGUCAAGUGCAACUGUU